CUUUCGCGCGUAAAGCAUCGCGUUUACGGGUACAAACUUUCGCGGAGGUGUACUUUUAUAAAAAUUGUGUGUGAUUUAGUAUUACGAAUUAAAACAAGCCGGUACGCUCAGGUUAAGUCGUCGUGCCACGGAAAUAUCGUUUUAUGGGAAAAUUCGGGAGUGCUGCACUCCAAAGUGAUUGUGAGGAUUCCGGCAGAUCUUGACGGCUGGUGGCCGAACAUCUCAAGAGUAUGGUCCUGGUGCGGUGGCACUCGCCAUCUAGCGGAAAAAUGCGCAAGAUGGUGCUGGUUCUGCUGGGCGCGGUGCUGACGCUGCUGACGACGGCCCGGGCCAAGCCGACGCUCAGCUUCGAGCUGUCCCGGAUACCGGGCUUCACGCAGAUCGUCGAGCGGAAGCUGCAGGACGCGAUGAAGAGCUACAGCGAAAAACGCCUCAACACGGAAUCGCUGCGGAUGAUCUACUUCCACGACCAGACGGUGGCCGUCGUCGAGCUGGGCUCGGAGAAGCGCCUCAUCGGCUGCGAGCUGAUCGAGAUUUACAACGACCUCGAGGGUCACGCCCUGCUCAAGAACCUCUCGUCGAUCAACCGGCCGCUGGAGAUCUCGUUCCGGGACAUGGUCAAGCUGAUGGAGCAGUGCGAGCACGUGGACCGGAUCAACGCGAAGAACCGGUUCCGGGCGACCAGUGCGCCACCGCCGCAGGAUUCGGUCGGCUACCGGAUCAACAACGGGGACGGCGAGGACGAGAGCGAGGAGACCGACUCGACGACCACCUCGAUGGGAAUCUUCCAGCUGUUGGCCAACUCGGGGAAGGAUCAGGGCGGCAGCAAGCGGGGCAUCUUCUACACGAGUCCGUUUUCGCUGUUCAGUGGGAUCAUUCCGGGGACCAAGUGGUGCGGAACCGGGGACAUUGCCGAGAGCUACCACGACCUGGGCGACGACGCCACGAUGGACAGGUGCUGUCGGACGCACGAUCUUUGCCCGCUGAAGGUUCGGGCUUACCAGAAGCGCUACAACCUCAACAACAACUCGAUCUACACCAAAUCCCACUGCAAGUGCGACGAUAUGCUGUUCGAGUGCCUCAAAAAUACCAACACUUCGGCGGCGCAAGUGAUGGGGUCAAUCUACUUCAAUUUGGUGCAAGUGCCCUGCGUCGAGGAGACACCGAGCGGGAUGAAGUUCCGGAAGGCGCGGGAAGGUUUCUGAGAAAAACCAAACAAACAACAAAAAAGUGCCUUUAAACUACGACAAAAAAGCAAUAAAAUCUCAAACGAAAGACGAACAAUUAAGGGAGAGGGAAGAUGGAAGCGUUGUUGUGAUUUAUGUAAUUUUUAUAGCGCGUAGGACAAACACACACCUUAACAAAAAUAAAGAUACGUAAUUCUCAAAACGAACCGCCCUUAAGGCAAGUUAAGAUUAGAAAAAAAAACUGGUUCGAUUAGCCCUCGUAGAAUUGCGCAAGAUCCGAACUUGAUCGAAAACAAAACAGCGAAAAAAAAACAGGUUUCCCUUCUCUACUAUCAGUGCAAUCUCCCGCCGCCGCCGUCGGCCAUUAUGGCAUCACGUCAGACGCAAAUUUGCCAUAAACCCGCAACGACGCAAAGUGACCACGUGUGUGAAAACGGUAUCAUGUGUGGAAAAUCUCGGGCUAAAUGGCGCGCGUGUUCGGACCAUUAUCUGCGGUAAUUUGCUCCGGUCGAGGCGGCAAUCGUGGGAAGCAUCAAAGCGAAGAUUAUGCACCAGACAGAGGUAUCUUAAUAACAACGCUCUUGCGGUAAUUUGGCGUGAGCUUUCAGCACACCAACUUAAGUUAAGCAAAGGGUUGCUAAUUUGGAGCUGGCACGCGAGAAAUUGCUGCUGCAGAGAAGAAAUCUUUAGUUUCUUUGAUUUUUAAGUGAAAAUCGGUGCAUUGAAUACUACUUUUGAUACCUUCUUAUCGACUCUAAUGAUAGUAUUACUGUGAAGGACGUGUGUAGGUGUAGUAGAUGUUAGAUCAAAAUGUUAGUAUUAUUUGGUUGUACUGUGAGGAUGAUAGAAAAAAACUGAGCGAACUCAGCACACAUGAUUGUACGUAAUGUUUCUUGUUCACGUUUAUAAAGCGAGUAGUAAGUUAUUUAUUUCUUAAUGUUAAUAA